AUGGACUUUCAAACCUUCCUGUUGGAGUGUUGCCAUCCCGAUGAUGAAUACAAUCAGGAUUACAUGAAUGCGGAGGAGGAUGAUGAUUUCCCUGAGGAUGAACAUGACUUGUCUCUCGAACGAGCCGAGCAAUCCACGGUAGCGUCCGAGAUUUACGCCACUCCCGAGCGACUGAACAAGCGGCAGCAACAGCAACAGCAACAGCAACAGCAAUCGUCUCCCGAGCUAAUGGCCAGAAGUCCCGAUUGCAAUCCCAACAUCUUGAGCACGUUGGGCAAGUCUACCAGCAGUACUCCCAUUCGUUAUCGGGACAGUCAUGAUCGUAAUGGUGAGCGUAAUCAUGGCAAUAGUAAUAAUAGCAAUCUCAAGACAAGAGAACAACAAGAAUACCAACACAAGCUGCACAAGAAACCACUUUCCUCCUCCAAACCAGCCACCACUGCUUCUGUUUCUGCGUCUGUCACUCCCGCCACGGCCAUGACGGCAGCCGUCAGUCCCUUUUUGGACGAUUCCAUAUUGGAUGGCGAGUCAUCGUUGCCACUCAAUGUUGAAGGUGAAACGGACGACAUCUUUGCCGAGGCCAGUACCCCCCAACGCAACUUUUUUCAACAGCAGCGCAUGCAUUUGAAUCGAGUACUUUCCUUCAGCAGUGCUGCCUUUGACAAUAAUAGCAAGACAGAUAAUACUGCCACUGCCGUCACGACGACCACUACUGCUUCUGCUGCCGUCACGACUACUUUGGGAGCCGAGGACAGUUUCAACAUUGAACAAAAAGUCAAGUUGCCAACGCCUUCUUCUUCCAUGGACAACAAUGACAAUGAUGGCGAUGAUGAUGCCUUGUCGAUGCAAACGCCCAUCAUCCUCCAGCAAGACUAUACCAACAAACCAUUGGUACCACCUUCGGCCGUGGCGGGAGCACGUCGCCGAAUGCCCAUGGUACCAGUCGGAGCAACUCUUCCACAAGAAGAACAAGAAGAAGAAAUCAGUACCAUGGAUGUAGCAGGACACCAACAACAACAACAACAACAGCAGCAUCAAGAUCAAAAGAGGUCCUCCAUAGUUUCAGCAUUGGUGGCCAAAAUGAAUGCGGCUACUGGAACUGCUGCUGCUGCUUCUUCCAGUCACUUUACGGGAACCACAGCCUCCACGACCAUGUUUUUCAACAAUACUGUUGUACACGAGAAUAGUCGUGAGGAUGACAAUGAUGAGUGGUCGCAAGGGGAGGAUUCGUUACUCAACAUGACGGACGAUGAUCAAAGCGAAACUCAAGAUCAGCAGCAACAAGUCGAAGAAUCCUUCUCCGAUCUUCAACAAGGUCGCAAACAGGAUGCCUUUGAACUCUUUCCGAAUCAUGAAAAUAUGUUUUGCAAACCAAAUGAGGCAAAUGCCCCAACCAUUGUGAAACCUGACGAGAUUGGUACUGAUACGGAUACCAAGGAUGCUGUUGUUGCUGGUACUGUUCUUACAACUACUCCAAAAGAAGACUCCAAGAUUCUUAUUAGACCAAUCGAAACAUCAUCCACUGUCCAUAUCACUCCUAUCAUACCACAAGUGGAUGAAGAAACGGAUCUCAUGGAGGUUGUGGAGAAGAUCAUCGAUGAGAAGAUUGUGAAUGACAAUGUUGUUGACGGUGAUGAUGAUGGCAGUGACUUUGGGGAUGACGGUUUUGAGGAUGAAAAUGCGGAUAUUAGUUUGCCCAUUAUUUUCCAUGAUGAGUUUGGGGAUUUGCCGGAUGGAGAAAUCUUUGACGAUGAAGACUUUGGAUUGCAACAGCAACAAGAGCAGCAACAGCAACAGCAAUAUGGAGUCUAUCACGAGGAGUACCAAGAAGAGUCCACACCACCACCAACCUAUGAAGAAGAAAUGCAAGCGGAAAAGAAGAAAGCUUUACUAUUGAGUUCCAAAACCAAAACCAAGAACAAUAAGAACGGCAACAAGAAGCAAUCCAAGACUACUAAUGCGGACAAAAGUACUGCUACCAGUCGCAAGAAAAAGAAUAGGGUUGGCAAGUCUUUGAAAAUGAAGUUUGCUUCACUACUACUACAAAAGAAGAACAAGGAUGACUACGGAUCCUUGAAGAAUGAGGAUAGUUUUGAAAAGCAAAAGCAAAAGCAAACGCCGAAGGAUAAUCAGACACUGUCAUCAUCAAGGUCGGCGACAGCUGUUCCAACCAAGAAAAAAGAAGUCUCGCUCCCAGCUCCAGUUCUUGCCAAGCCAGCUGAAGCGAAUCCCAUUGCCAUACCCACCAUUCGAACUGCUACUACUUCAUCGUCGUCGAUGAUUCCACCAUUGGCCAUGUCCAAAUCGGAAGAUUCCUUUGUCACUACGACCAACGAUCCAUGGUCCACCGAAACUACCCAAGCUGCCUUUCCGGCGGUCAAGACAGAGCCUACCAAGUUGAAGGCGGCUGCUCCGGCAAGUCCCAUCAAGCUUUGCAAACACGAUACGCCACCGAUUCAUUCACCACCGCCAUCUCCGAGCCAUAACAAUGCUGUCGAGACUGCUGCUGCUGCUGAAGAUGACUCUUGGCAACAACUCUUGGUUGGUGAAACCAACACCAAGGAACCCAUUGAUACGACAAAAGAGGCUCCAUUGAUGGACGAUCCAUGGAUGGCAAUGAUUCAAGAUUUGGACGGCGGAACCAAGAAGAAAUCCCGUGAUGGUGCGGAAAACGCUUCCUCUAGGAACGAGGAUCCAUGGAUGAUGAUGAUUCAAGAUUUGGAUACUUUUGAAAAUGUCACAAUUACACCAACAAGUGAUGCUUUGCCCAUUCAAUUCUCCGGAGACGACUUCUUUUCUUCCUCCAAGGUGGAAUUCUCAUCGCCGCAGCAGGAACAGGCAGAUCAAGAAGGACCACAUGUCAUUCCAUUGGACACGGAAGAAUUGAUGGCUACUCAAGAAUCACCAUCAUCAUCCCCCACUAUUGAUACAUCAACAGUCCAACGACCCAGUCAAAUGGCUCCCAAGCGACGGAUUACUGGAGUGACCAACACCAAGGCCAUUUUUGAAACUGCUGCAUCAUCUUCUUCUUUCAAGAGGCCAUCGCAAGUCAAGAGAACUUCCAGCGCCAAUCUUGUAUCACCGGACAAGGAGGAGUUGCCACAAGAUGCUUCUGCUGCCAAGGAGAAGAAUGCUGGACGAUCUGUCCAAGACUUGACAGAUGCCUUUGAUACCGAGCGAACGCCUAAGAUGGUGAACCGAAAGGUAAGGGCCUGGGAGCAUCCAUCGGGCAAGACCGAGCCAGCCGCCACUCCUCGUCAAUCUCGGGUAUCCAUUCGGGUGGUUUCUGGUGGAGACAAGAAGAGCGAAAGGACUUCUCGAAGUGCCAGCCUUCCAAAACGAGUUUCCAGCGGCAGGGGACGAAACAGCAAUGUCAAUGUCGACAAGGAGUUAUCCGUGCCAAAACACGUCGACAAUGAUUGGGAGAAAGGGACUUCUGUCCAAGAUUUGACCGAUGCCUUUGACACGGAGCGAACACCCAAGAUGGUCAACCGAAAAGUCAAGGCCUUUGAACGGGAGCGUACAUCCGAGAAACCAGAGCCAGCUACCAGGCGGAAUCCUAAUCCUAGAGUUGCCAUUCAUGUGGUCAGGGGUGGCGACAAUGCUCGAAGCUCCAGCCUCACCAAGCGAGUUUCCAGUGGUGGUGAAGUGGAACGAAGCCAUGUCCGAAGUUCUAGCCUCACGAAAAGAGUUCCUCCCAAGAGUUCUCCGUCUCUGCCCAAGAAGGCAGCGCAGCCUGUCAACCCGAUUGAAGUUCCACGGAAAGAACUAGACAAUGUGGAGACAACUACUCGUCGCUCCAGCAAUGUAGGUCAAAUGGCCAACAUCUUUGAUCCACGAAAGGUUUCCAAAGAUAAUGUGAACAAGAUUGCUGGUGCCUUUCAGAAGGAGACCAAAGUAUUUCAAAAGCCAAAGCCCAUUCCUGCAAACAAGACAAGGGGCGACAAACCAUUCGUGAAACGAUCCUUUUCCUCCAAUGCAAUCCCAGCAAAGACACCUAUCGCAGCACCAUUUCCAAAGCGGGCAAGUGUUGCUGCUCCAGUGAAUGUAGCAGGGAAAACUUUCAGUGGUGAAUCAUCUGAAUCCAAGAAGUUGUUUUCCUAUUGGGAACAAGUUGCAGUGACGACUAAGAGCACUCCGAUGCCAACUGGUACUGCCGAAGAGAACGUAGUUGUUGUGGACGAAGGAUCUAAUAAGGAACUGGCUGUGGAUUCAUCGUUUGACUUUUCUGACCCUGAUAGCGAAUCUGGUGUGCCAACCGUCGACGAGAGGGCUUGGGUCAAGACAUCCAAUCAAUCAGAAACUGCUACUUUUUUCUCACUUUGA